AGGCGGGCAGAUGAUGCCGUCGCGGAGCGUGAUCGUCAUGGAGAGGAGCGAAAUGGGUGAACACACGGACGCGGACGACGUCUCCAUGAACGCCCAAGAAGCGCCUACCCCAGUCCGCGAGGAGACUUCGCUCACAGAUGAGAACGAUGAGAACCCAGGCGGUACUUCUGGCGAGUCCGUGGAGGGCGACGGCGAUGAUUCCUACGACGUCGCGACCCCGCACGCGUUCGCGUUCGCGCCCUCGCCCACCGCCAGCGUCGAGCAGCUCUCGUUCUUCGCGGAGCCGAAGGAGCAUCAAGCGCUGUCGCAGUUAGUGCGCCGGCCUGCUAGUCUUUCCGCCGACGUCCAGGUCACUGAGAGAAAGCUCUCGCUUCUUGUGCAUACAUCGGCGAGCACUCUCCCGCUGAGAGUCGUCCUCGACGAUGAGCAUGUCCUAGACCCCGAGAUCAAGAGCACCGGGCAUGAGGGGGUCUAUGUCAUGAAUCUCUACCCACCGGCCGGCUUCGAAAGGAGCAGUAAGCUCACCGUGUCCCUCUCAUAAAUGUUGAGGCAGUGAUCUGCUUCUAUGCUAACGUUUAAUGCGUUCUUGGUCCUGCGCAACUUCUCAAAUCAGUUCCUUCCCUAUCGCUUUGUCGCAGCCGGGGCAUCAGAGAUGCUUCGGUGUAUAUCCUGGAUUUGCCGUCUCAUGGUUUCGUUGUUCUCGCAGAUGUUGUAUCGUCCCUGGAAAAGCUCCCGAUGUACUAUACACGGUGUAUCGGUGGAAUACUGUGUAUCAUAACUUGUACCAUGGCCAUCAUGGUGUAUCUCAAAACUUCAAUCAUUAUCGCAUCAACCUA